GUCAGAUUUGUUUCCUCGGGUAGCUGCUGGUAGCGUAACGGCAAAAGAUGCCCUGAGACCUCUUGUUCAGGCAGGAAAAGAAAGAACCACCAUACCAAGUGGAAGGAAAUCUGAAACUGCUCUUUCGACAAGAAAGUGUUGGCUUUCUGCCUCUUUCACAUGUUUUUCUUUUGCAUCAUAAUGGAAGGAGCAGGAUUUUUUGAAUCAUUGAGGCCAAAUUUGGGUAUCACUGGCUGAAGAUAAGAUGAAAGAAGACUUGAAAAUAUGUCAGUACUCUGUGACUAUUAAUUCAGAUGCACUUUUCACAAAGAGAAGAAUAGCGGUUAAAAGCACUGCAGUUUCAUCAAAAGGAUCUAAUGGAGGAUCUCUGUUGAUUUUUUCUAUUAUUGUUUUCCUUCUUGCCCUUCCAUGAAUCCCAAAAGAGAAAGAUGGAAAGAAUGUAUAUGGAAAUUGAGAUAAAGCAAAAACUGAAGACAAUAACGUCAGUUUUGGAGUCUCUUUUCCAAGUGCUGUAAAUUCCCUAUUUUAUCAAAUCUAACACACUGUUUUGAAUAAAUUAUAUCUUUUUUUUGAUCAGUGGAGUUUUUGUCAGUUCUAAAAGUGGAAUCUAACCUGAUUGAAAUCUUUUUAAAAAAGCAAACCUAUGACUCUGAUUCCUUUUAUCAGAUGAAGUUUUUCAAGUUAUCAAGAGAUAAUGUUUCACUCUAUAUCCUGUGCAUUGUUGACCUGUGUUUUAUAUGCAUAUCUUAGAGAUUUUAUUUUUAACCUGAUUUUAGUGUUUAUGUUGUGUUGUGUUUAAGAAAAGUGUGAACAGACAAGGCAUCUGAGAUUUAAGUUUUCAAGAGCCUUGUCAUUUCAAUGUUGUAUCUCAGAUUGCAAGUAGUCUCAGCCUCUGUUAUAAUGCACAGUAUACACUAAAUCUUUUCUCCUAAAAAUAUGCCUUAAGAUAAUAGAUUUUUUUACUAACUGGAUGAAUUUUUUAUAUCUGGACAUUGUGUUUUGUAAGGAAAUGCAUGUCUGGGAAAGAGGAGCUGCCUAAUGGAUCAUGGCUCUGAUGUUCACAGGGCAUACUUUAUUUCUAGCAUUGAUGAUGUUUGAUGUCUUUGCUUUUGAAGAAUCUGUAAGCAAUUACUCUGAUUGGGUGACUUUCAUAGAAAAUGUAGAUCAAUAUGAAAAACAGCAACUUGAAGGCCUUAGUGCUGAGCAGAAACUGAAAAAAACAGUCCUUCAUCCAAGUUUGUAUUUUGAUGCUCAAGAUGUUCAAGCACUGAGGCAGAAGGCUCACACAAGCCAUUUGCAUCUCUUUAGAGUCAUCAGAAGUGCCGUGAUGGUUAUGCUUUCCAACCCUUUAUACUAUCUACCUCCACCCAAGUACGCUGAUUUUGCUGCAAAGUGGAAUGAGAUUUAUGGUAACAAUCUGCCACCUCUAGCAUUUUAUUGUCUGCUGUGCCCCGAAGAUAAAGCUGCAUUUGAUUUUGCCAUAGAAUAUAUGGAUAGAAUGGCUGGCUACAAAAACUGGUUGGUUGAGAAUGCACCUGGGGAUGAAGUACCACUUGGUCAUUCCCUAACAGGAUUUGCCACUGCUUUUGAUUUCUUGUAUAAUUCACUGGAAAAUGAGAGAAGGCAAAAAUAUCUGGAGAAGAUAUGGUCUGUAAGCGAGGAAAUGUAUGAGUACUCCAAGGUUCGUUCCUGGGGAAAGCAACUUCUCCAUAAUCACCAGGCAACCAAUAUGCUUGCUUUGCUUAUCGGGGCUUUGGUUGCAGGAGUGGACAAAGGAUCUCGGGCAAAUAUUUGGAAGCACACUGUUGUUGAUGUGAUGGAGAAAACCAUGUUUCUGCUCAAUCAUAUUGUAGAUGGAUCUCUAGAUGAGGGAGUAGCUUACGGGAGUUACACAGCCAAGUCAGUAACCCAGUAUGUUUUCCUGGCCCAGCGCCACUUUGGUAUUAACAACUUGGAGAACAACUGGCUCAAAAUGCACUUUUGGUUUUACUAUGCCACCCUAUUACCAGGCUUUCAGAGGACUGUGGGCGUAGCGGAUUCUAAUUACAACUGGUUUUAUGGUCCUGAGAGCCAACUGGUUUUCUUGGACAAGUUUAUAAUGAAGAAUGGAGCUGGCAACUGGCUGGCACAGCAGAUUAGAAAACACAGACCCAAGGAUGGGCCAAUGGUGCCAUCCACUGCACAGAGGUGGAGCACAUUACAUACUGAAUUUAUAUGGUAUGCUGCUGAAAUCACUCCUCAGCCUCCUCCUGACUAUGGUACUGCUAAAAUGCAUGUGUUUCCUAACUGGGGAGUCGUUACUUACGGGGCUGGAUUGCCAAACAGUCAGACAAACACCUUUGUGUCCUUUAAGUCUGGAAAACUCGGUGGACGUGCUGUCUAUGAUAUCGUUCACUUUCAACCCUAUACCUGGAUUGACGGGUGGAGAAGUUUCAAUCCAGGACAUGAACAUCCUGAUCAGAACUCGUUCACUUUUGCUCCCAAUGGACAGGUGUUUGUAUCUGAGGCUCUUUAUGGACCUAAACUGAGCCACCUAAACAAUGUCUUGGUCUUUGCUCCAUCUCCUACAAGCCAGUGCAACCAGCCUUGGGAAGGACAACUUGGUGAAUGUGCCCAGUGGCUGAAGUGGAUUGGUGAUGAGGUUGGAGACUCAACUGGAGAAAUUAUAACAGCCUCUCAGGCUGGAGACAUGAUGUUUGUGAGUGGUGAGGCGGUAUCUGCUUACACGUCAGCAAUGAAACUGAAAAGCGUGUAUCGUGUUUUGCUGCUCCUAAAUUCUCAGACACUGUUAGUAGUAGACCAUAUUGAGAAGGAGGAAGACUCUCCUGUUAAUUCUGUCAGUGCCUUUUUUCAUAAUCUUGACAUUGAUUUUAAGUACAUACCCUAUAAGUUUAAGAACAAGUACAGUGGAGCUAUGAUGGAUGUGUGGGAUGCCCACUACAAGAUGUUUUGGUUUGAUCAUCGUGGGAGUAGCCCUGUUGCUAGGAUACAGGAGGCUGAACAAGCAGCUGAAUUCAAAAAGCGAUGGACUCAGUUUGUAAAUGUUACCUUUCCAAUGAAAAAUACACUUACAAGGAUUGUUUACCUUUUCUAUGGCCCAUAUGUCAAUGUUUCUGACUGUAGACUCAUAGAUAAUUCAAAAUCUGGAUUUCAGAUUUCACUCAGUGUCAACCACACCGAAAAUACCAUCUCUGUUGUGACCGAGUAUCAGAAUUUAAAGGCAAGGUUCGAUUACUUGGGAUUUGGUGGUUUUGCCAAAGUAAUCCAUGAAAAUAAAGUGACCAAGUUUGGUCUUGGUACUGAAUCUGUGAAAAAAGAGAUAAAAAAUAAUAGAGUGGUUUUCCCAUUUGGAUUCAAAGUGAACAUAAUCGCAGGGUUAAUUUUGGGUGUCAGUUUGGUCAUACUGGCUUUUCAGUGGCGGUUUUACAUAUCCUUUGGUAAAAUGUUGCGCUGGAUUCUGAUACUGGUUGUCACACUGUGGCUUAUUGAAUUGGUGGAUGUGUGGAGCAUGUGUACUCAGCCCAUCUGUGCAAAAUGGAGCAGUGACAUGACAAGGCUAGAACAUGAUAAAGGCAAUAAAGCCAAACAAUUAGAAGGAAACCCCAUUGUUUUGCCAGAUGUUAUCAUUACUUCACUUCCCACUUCUGGUGCAGAAAUUUUAAAACAGCUGUUUUUCAACACCAGUGACUUUUUAUACAUCAGAAUACCUACACCCUAUCUUGAAAUUCCCGAGACUGAAUUUGAAAUUGAUUCCUUUGUAGAUCCAUGUGAAUGGAAGGCUUCUGAUGUUCAGAAUGGUAAUUUUCGUCUUAUCCAAGGGUGGCUGCAGUCUCUAGUUCGAGAUACAAAGUUGCAUUUACAAAACAUUCAUUUAUAUGAAGCUAGCAGAAGUAAAGUUGCCCAGCAUUCUGCAUUAAGCAAGGACAAAAAGAAAAGAUCCAGAAAGAGAGAAUCCCUGUCAGAGCAAAAAAGCAGGGCAAGAGGGAGUCAAGAAAAAGAUGCUGAAUAUAUCAGGGAACUGAGAAGACAUCUCAUCUAUUACCCUAAUGCACGGCCUGUGCUUAGUUUAAGCAGUGGGAGCUGGACAUUAAAGCUUCCCUUCUUUCAGGAAAUCCUAGGACCAUCGAUGAAAGCUUUAUAUGUAGUGAGGGACCCACGGGCAUGGGUCUAUUCGAUGUUAUACAAAAAUAAGCCAAGCCUUUACUCCUUGAAAAAUGUUCCACAACACUUGGCUGCAAUAUUUAAAGGGGAGAAUGGUAAAGAAAAAUGUAGUUUAAAUGAAGGCUAUGCCUCCGAAUAUGAAUCACUGAGAAAAGAAUUUUCAAAUUCUAAGUCAAAUCCUAUUUCUAUGUUGUCCUAUUUAUGGCUAGCAAACACAGCAGCAGCAAUGAGAAUAAAUGGGGACUUGCUCCCAACAAAUUAUCAGCUGGUCAAGUUUGAAGAUAUUGUGAACUUUCCUCAGAAGACGGCUGAAACAAUUUUUGCCUUUCUUGGUAUUCCUCUUCCUCCUGCUAGCUUAAACCAAAUAUUAUUUGCCACCUCCACCAGUCUUUUCUAUCUUCCUUAUGAAGGGGAAAUUUCACCAAGUAGCAUUCAUGCCUGGAAAAAAAACAUGCCCCAUGAAGAGAUUAGACAAAUUGAGGACAUCUGUUAUUCACUGAUGGACCACUUAGGAUACCCAAAGUUUAUAGAAUGAAUGCUGCCGGUCAGCAGAAAUUUGCACUAAUGAUCUCUGACUCCCAAUUUGUGGAUAAAUACUAUAGAAGUUUGUUUAUUCUUGUAAAAUGUGUACAGUCUGCUACUUUCAGAGAGAUUAUUUUAAGAAAAAAGUAAACUUUUUUUCACUGUUCUUGAAACUGGAGGAUUUUUUGUUUGUUUUGUUUUGAUUUGUUUUUCUUUAAAAAGAAAUUGUAACUACUUUUGAUUUAUUUUAUUUUAAAAAGAAAUUGUAACUACUUUUGCUGCCUUUCAAAAAAGCUGUGUGAACCUUUGCAGAACUACCAUCUGGGACCUCUAUAGCUCAGGGGAUUAGUAAAAGAACAGAGAGCUUUUCACCUCCAACUCACCAGUCUGAUUCCAGCCCAAGUGGUUAGUUCCUGAAAGUACUUAUCAUUUGAUGAUUGUAUGAUGGCUUAUAUGAAAUUAUGCUUGUUAAACUGGUCCUGUUCCCAGUGGUGAUAAUUGACCCCCUUAGAUGGGUUUACUGAUGCAUUCUGUCUGUGUCUCACUCGUCAUUAUAGUGAUGCAAAAUAAACAUAAGCUAAGAUUUAGGGUUGUUCAGCAUCCCUUCAGCAGGAGGAAACAACAUUUGAGUAAAUCUAGUUCCUUAUUUACAGUCUGAGCAGAGAGACCUGAGACUGACAUUGAUGUGGAUAUGAAAUCUUAUUGUAGGAUAUGAUUCCUUCAUCUAGACGUGGUACUUAAACUGGCUUUGAAGUAGGAAAAGAAAUGGGACAAAAUCAAAGAAACUAGCAAGAUUCCCCAAAUGAGCAGUUAAAUUUGGAGAAGAUUUUGUGUAAUUUUGGCCUGCCUCGACAUAACCUAAUCUUGAAGGUUAUUAACAUAUUGGCUUCUUGCACUGCUUUAUCCUGUAUCUCUUGUCUGAGAGAUACUGCACAGAUUUUCUCUUUUUGAGUGAGACUCUUCCAUCCUUCUUUGUUGUAACACAUUUCUCUGGUGAUUCUUGUGCAUAAUUUCUCUGGGACCAGUGCAAAUAUUUGAUGUCAUUGGCCAUGGUUUAUUGCUGAUGUCUGCAUAAAGUGGCUGGCUGAGAUUUAGAAGACCUCAGAUAAACCUCUAGGUCUGUGUUGCUGAGGGAUGUUUUCCUUGUCUAUAUAAUUAAUUUCUGAAGGAUAGCCAUUGCUAAUCUCAUGUCUUUCAGCAAGGGGAGAGAUCUGAAAAUCACCUGUCCCUCAGCCACCUCACAUUUGAGUGAUGUUUCCCUACAGUAAACUAUUUCCAAAGUUGUCUGAUUUUUAUAAUGAUUGGUGUUUCUUUAACAUGAUGCUGUACUGUGAUUUUGGUUUGGAAACAGAUAGGCCUGAUAGGAUAGAUGUGUAUUUGUCACAGUUUAUUUUCUUCUUGAGUCACACUCUUUGUUUCGCAUGCCCCUUAAAAAAAAAAUUCCCAUUUCCCAAUUUAAAUUGCUCAGCAUUCCCUGGAAAUGCAUGCAUAUUGUAAAUUCUGCAGAUGUGUAAAUCAUAUCACAAAGACAUCUAUUUCCUUUACCACCUGUUUUUCAUUACAAAUGGAAUUGUCUUGAAAUAUGCUUCGGUUUGUGAGAGCUAGAAUCAGAGCUUGGGCUUAUUAUAUUCAAACAUGUGUGUAAGUACUAUUUAUUUGGGUGGUAAACAUUAGGCAAUGUCAAAAGUGCAGUGAGUUUCUUUGCACAGAUUACAGGUACCCUUGCUGAUUUUUAAUGUAUAGAAGUUCUUGCCUUUUCUUCUAAUCUUAGUAUUAUGUCCCUGUCUUACUCCACUAUUUUGUCCCUCCCAUACAUAUAUUUCAUAUCCUUUGGAGCACAUUGGGACAUUUCAUCAUGACCUAGAUAAAAAUACCUCUUUCUCAGGCAGUCAUUAAUAUGCCAAAAGAAGCCUCUAAUAUGAUAAAACUAUGGAUAAUUUGUCGUCUCACACUAAUUUACCUGUCCUUUACUAGGGAUAGUUGUAUUUUCCCCUUCAAACCUAUGUUUUACUCUUGGCUAGGUGGAAUGCCAUGUUAAAAGAAAUAUUAAACAAGAUCUCAUUAAAAAAAUUAAAAUAUCCAUAUAAUAAUUAUAUCCAUAUAAUAAAAUAUCCCAUUAAAAUAUCUCAUAAAAAUUAAAAUAUCAAUAUACAUUGAUAUUUUAGUGAAACUUUGGUUUCCAAGUAUCAUUCUCUCAAACUGACUUCUCUCUGAGAAGUCAUACAUUUUUGAUUGUAUGUUAAAAAAAAAAGUACUGAUGUCUGUACAGUUUGUACUUGACAGAAUAAAUUUCAGCAUUCACCUUCUAUUUCCAUGAUUUACACUCUAGAACCAGAACAAAUAAAAAGGUUUUGUUCUCUCAGAUGUUUUAGGGCAACUGAAGGUAAGAUUUUGUGGGUAUACAGAGUUAUUCUCUUGUCACCAGAACCCAGAGGAAGAAUGGUCACUACAUAGACACGGACAGUAACCUCCCCUUUCUCAAUACAGUAAUGUUUAAGACUGUCAUGUAAACUUUGAGAAUUGUUCGACCUUUUUGAAAAGCAUGCCUGUUUAGGUAAAUUGUAUUGAAAAGUGUUCUGCUUAUGAAAACUAGUCUCAGUACUUUAUCUUAACUUUGCUUCCUUUUUCUCCUUCUAUUAAAUGUUGAUGCUUAUUUGUAGUAUAUUGUGGUUUGAAUUGUCCAAUUAUGACACAGCUAAGAUUUUUAUGUAUUUUUUUAAAAAGGCAGGCUUUAUUUAAAUGCUUAUCUCUGAAUCAUAUUUGGAAGCAUAAGAAAAAAAACCCAAGGAAAACAUGUCAGUUAUUUACUUACUUUGUUACUAAGUGACAUUGGCCCUGGAGAGAUGCACAUUGGUCUUGGCAUUCAGAGUUCUAUCAAAUAGCUUAAAUCUAUAGCCCCUAAGCAUAUCUAAAUGCCUUUCUUGUUCCCGGUAGGCUUUUUCCAAGAGCAACAUCUGUGUAGAUGAGCCUCGGUAUCAUGGUCAGAUUCAUUCUUUUCACCCUCUUAACACAUGGUAGCCAUACAGUCCUCAUCAGAUUUAUGUUUGAACAGUUAAUUUGCCAGAUCUGGAGUUUAAUUUCUAUACAAGAUCCUCUAUUAUGUAAAAUAUAUAUCACAACUCAUUUGACAGUGUAAUACCAUUCUGAUAGUGUUAAAAUGCAAUUUAAACAAAAAUUUCCAGUUUUAUAAAAUUUUUGUUAACUGAUUUGUAAAGCUGCAGUCAUGGGUCAGAAUUUUUUUUGAUUUGUUUCACUUGCUGUUGAAAAAAUGAUAUGACUCCUAGUAAACUUCUGUCCAUCCUGCAGUCAAUUAUUUUCAUUAUUAGAGACAUUAUUUAUUUGAUGAACAUAAACAUACAUUAUCUGGAAUAUAAUACUGCAUUUCCUGAAAACAUUUGAAGUGUACAGUUCAAGAUGAAGGAUGAAAACAUGUGAUAUCAAUAUUUCUGUAAGUUAAAAAAGUUACCCCUUUUGCAAGUGGCCCAUAUUCUGGGUUCUGUAUAUUGUAAUAUUUUGUAAUUAGAAACUGUGAUACUUCUUUAGGUGACUUAGUAAUUUAUCAAAAUUAUUUCCUUAUUUACACAAAUUUUCAAGAGGAUAGGUACUGGAUCUUAACAGUUCAGUGGUCAGAGUGAUCAGAGCAGUAUAAGCUGUCAUUCCUUUCUCUAGACUCCCCUUUAGCUUUGGUUUAGACUGAAACCUUUGUUUAAAUCACAUAAUGGAUGGGCUGUCUUCCAAAUGAAGAGUCUGUCUGGAGACACAGUCUCAAACUCCAUAUUUACAUAUUGUGAAAUAUUAUUGAUUCUGAGUUAUGAGUCAAAACUAAAUUGAGAACUGCUCAGAUUUGGAACGUAAGUGGAAUGCUACCAUGCUGACUUCAAUUAAUGUUGUGCUAUCGAUUUCAAUAGGAACAAAAUACUAUCAUCUACUAUUAUCAAACUGUUAUCAUCUAGUUGGCUUGAAUAUUUCAAAACAGAAGAAAUUAAAGGAAGUAAAUACCACAAAUGAUCGUGAAAUAUUAUUGUUCUUGUUAUGUGAUGACAAAAGGAAGUGUAUUUUAAUAAUGUAAACAAAUAAAAUUGUUCUGGAACUCUAACCAAAACUACCUGUAGGCUGUCUGAUAAAUUUAUAAGCUCACUGAAGGAGGUGUAGAAACCAAGAGAUAUUCAAAAUAAUCUACAAAGUACAAUUUUCAAAUGUCAGGACUUUGAUUUUCUUCAGUGAGGAGAAAUUUGCUGAUAUGUGAUCAACACUGUUCUCAUAAAAGAUGUGGAUGGGUAAUCUUGUGCUGUCUCAGAACAUACUUAAUAAUGGGAAAGUGCUAUUUCAUGUUGCCGAAAUGAUACUGUUUUAAAUUAAACUAUACAUCUUUUGAGCUGACAAUAUGCUGAGAGUUACGUGUGAUGGAGGAAAACAAGGACAGUCUCAUUUCAUUCACAGUUGUCUAUAAGAGAAUAAUUUCUGAAAGGCUCUUAAUUUAUGAUGGUAUAAAUUCAGUACUUUGUUUACUGCCUUUACUGAGAAAGUGUGGAGUUUAUGUGGAGUUUAUUGUGGAGUUUAUGAACAUGACCUGAAAUAAUCUAUUUCACAUUAGGUAAUUUAACUUUCUUACCUAAAUAAGGAGCUUUGUCACCCUAGAAUCAGUGGAAAGUGAAUACUGCCUUCCAAGGUAAAUCAGAUACUGCUUCCAUCUUUUUAAAUACUCAACAGCCAAGAAUGAUGAAACUCUUGGUUUAGAUGCCCACUGACAGACUUCAAAUGAGGUAGGAUGAAUUUAGAUUUAUAUGUGUACGGUCUUACAUGUAAGUAGAUUUCUGUGUCUGAGCAGUUCUAGUGCAUACACUGUCCAAACAAAAUUUUGUGAAACAUCCUGCAUAAAAUAAAGCUAUUGUUAGUAAAAGAA